AGUCACACAGCCAAAGUGUUUCACUAAAUAUCAGUUAAAGGUUUUAUAUAUCUUAAAGAGUAGUAAGUAUUUGGUAAGUUGAAGAGUAGUAUGGGAAGCAAUUCAAAGUUGAGUGUGGAUGGAGUUGAGAAUGUGGAGAUGGAAAGUGGGAAGAGGAGUGUAUAUGAUGUGUUGUUGAGGUGUGUUGGUCUGUUGCUAACACUAACAGCUACAGUUAUGGUUGGUGUUGGAAAACAAACUAAGGUCAUUUCCUAUGCAGAUUUUCAGUUCAAAGCAACUGCUAAGUGGGAAUACAUGUCUGCUACGGUGUUUUUGUUGGUUGCAAACGCUAUAGGAUGUUCAUACGCAGCAAUAUCUCUGGUGGUUUCAACAAUGGCAAGAAGCAAUGGAAAUAAAAUGAAACUAUUUAUGAUAACAGUGUUAGACCUUAUUAUCGUGGCAUUGUUGUUCUCAGCCAAUGGAGCAGCUUCUGCAGUUGGAGUAAUAGGAAUGAAGGGAAACUCGCACGUGCAAUGGAUGAAAGUGUGCAAUGUAUUUGAUGCCUAUUGUCAUUACAUGACUGUUUCAGUCGUCUUCUCUUUCAUUGCCUCCACGGUUUUCCUUUUGCUUGUGGUUCACUCUCUUUUCGAACUCCAUUACAAAUCAAACUAAAUUAAUAUUUAUUAUUUACUCCGAUUUUGAUCUUUUUAUUGGAGACAAUUAAAUUAUGAUAUAGAUUAAAUAUAUCAAGUUUUGUUGAUUAUAUUAUAAUUAAAUUGUCUCUUAUAAAAAUAUCAGAUGAACUAUUAUUACUAGGAUUAUAAAUUCAAGACUAGUAUUAGUAAUGCUAUAUGUAAUUUAUUACGACUUUAUUAAGAUAAUGUUUGGUUUUAGGAUGAGAUUGACAAAAUCACGAUAAAUUAUUAUAAUUUUGCAAAUUUUAUAAAAUUAUUGUGGCCGAGCAUAAUUUUGUCAAUCUCCCUACAAAAUCAAACAUGCUUUAAGUAAUUAAUUUAAGUGCUUUUUGGUUUGUAUUAGUAUUAUUGUAUCCUAUAUGUAGAGUAGUUAUAGUUAAAAGAGUAACACUAAAAUAUAGCUACUUGUGUUUUGAAUGCAUGUGAUGAUGAUUUUAAGUCAUUUUGCUUUUAAAGUUUGUAAAUGUAGUAAUGGCCGUAUAGCGUACAAAGAUAUGACCUUCUUCACCUUCCUCUUUGAAUGGAAAUUAAUGUUCCGUAGCUAUAAUAAAGGAAGGGGACAUAUACUUCGAGUUUAUUUGAA